AGAAUUAUGACAUUUUUCAAAACUUACUCUCACCUCGUCUUCCAUUUCUGAUUUAAUAUUUCGAGGUCGUGUUAUAUGUAUUUUAAUGUUACAGAAUUCAUUUUAUUUUACAGAUGCGUGACAUUAAACUGAAGAAACGUCAGCUGAACGAAUAGUAACCCGUCUCUCCUAAGUAUGAAUGCGUCAACAACGGAGGGCGUUAUGAUGUUCACAAACGCAACUAUUGAGAAUAUCACUGUUACGACUACAGCCGCAAUGCCCGAUCCCAGGGACAUUUUAAUUAUGCAAUGUUUUAUGAUGGAAUCCCCGAGUGAUAAGUCUGAGUGUUUACUUGAUCUGCUUCUGGAGAAAAUUCCCCCGAAAGACCCCGAGAGUCAACAGUUGGAAGACGCCGCAGCUGUGAUUAUGCGUUACGUAUCACCAGUUAUCAUAUUAUUGGGACUGUGCAUGAAUCUGUUAACAUUUUUGGUGUUAACAAUGACCAAGAUGUGGACGAUGAGCUCCAGCGUUUAUUUAGCCGCAAUAUGUGUCUCCGAUACGCUCAAUCUAAUGAUCACCCUAAUGCGCUUUUGGAUCAUAGAAAUGUGGAACAUUGAUUUUCGAAACUCUCACGUGGUAUUGUGUAAAGCUGGGGCUUUCUUAGCGUACUAUCUUGCCCAUAUCUCAGCCUGGCUCCUUGUGGCUGUCUCCCUGGAGAGAGUGCUGAUGGUCGGAUGGCCGUUGCAGGUGAAGCGCUUGUGUACGCAUAGGAAUGCCUGGAUCGCGGUUGGUGUGAUUCUUUUGUUGUUCCUUCUAUUGAACGGCCAUUUGUUUUGGCUACAAGGCCCCUUCAGAACUCAUCCAAUCAAGGAACUUGAACAGAUUAUCUUUCUUGAUCACGAGUGUUACACCCAUCACUACCGAUAACCAGGCUACAUUCAGAAAUUACGUCUGGCCUAUCAUUGACAUGGUCGUAGCAGCCUUACUUCCAUUUGCAAUUCUUCUUACGUGUAAUUGCGUAAUAGUGUACCAUUUAAUAAUUGCGUCAUCUUGGAGAAGAAGGUCAAACUCUACAGAAAAGACGGAUGAUAAAACCACUUCAAUGACUGCCAUGCUACUGAGCAUCAGUUUCAUUUUUGUUCUUCUCACUCUUCCAAUUACGAUUCGCUUCUUCUAUUUUAACUACAAUGAGCCAAAGACCGUAUUUGAGAAUAGUAUAAGCAUUCUAGUUGACGCCAUCACCCGUCAAUUAUACUUUAUAAACUGUGGAAUCAACUUCCUGUUAUAUUGCAUUUCUGGUAAAAGAUUUCGAGUAGAGAUGCGGUCCCUCUUCGAUAGAUUGAAUUGCAAGCGCAAAGAUGUUCCAAAGGAUGGUAUAACUGACGUCACUUUGAUGGCAUACAAAACGAAGAAUGGGUAUUCGCGAACGAGCAAUAGUUUCUACUCUACAAAUAAGUCAGAUGUGUUCCGUUUGUCAGCAAAUAAAAAUCAUCAGUCAUCAGUGUACACUGUACAAGCGAAACAUUAAAUCCCAAUAACGGAGAGAAAUAUAUUUGUA